AUGUUUUACGAAGGCACCUUACAGAGCGGCAUUGGCCAGGCCAUCCAGCAGCAGAAGCUUGUGGCAUGCUUCAUUCGAGAUGACGGCGCAACAAGCAAGCAGUGGGAGGAUGAGUGGCUAAGGAGCGGUUGGCUGUCCAGUCUCCUCGAACAGAAAGCCAUCCUCCUGCGCCUGGAGAGCGGAUCGACCGAAGCCGGGUUCCUUGCCGCGUUCUGCAAGGUUGAGAGCGCGCCUACGCUGGUCGUCAUUCACAAUGGAAGGCUGCAGUUGCAGCUCGGGAGCGACGUCGGCCAGGAACAGUUUGUAAAUGCCGUGCGGAAGGUCCUGGGAGCGUCGCCGAUUGCUGGCUCAGCACCGGCACAAGCGAAUACAGCGCCGGCAGAGGACGAUCUGUACGGGGACGAUGAACCUACAGCGGUCACAACGCCUGCGCCAGCACCCGUCUUACCGCCAGCACCAGCCGUCCCGUCCGUACCGAGGCGGAACCCCCCAGCAACCGUUCCUACCAAUGCGUCUGCCAAGGGCAAGCAGCGCGCCGACGCUGCUCCACAAGCUGGUCUCGCGGCAUCUUCAGCUACAACAAACUCUGCCCAGCAAAUUGCCCGAGCUGCGCUACAAAAGAAGAAGCGGGAGGACGCCGAGGAGCUGGCGCGUAUCAAAGCGCGAAUAGAGCAAGACAAAGCCGAACGCAAGGCACAGGCCGAAGCGCGCAAGGCCGAGCGCGAACAGGAACGAACCACAAGCCCCCAGACCACGCCCCGACCAACACCUUCAACACGCGGCUCGCAAGCCCAGACCGUCCACCUCAACGUCCGCCUCUUCGACGGCCGCACCAUCCGCACCACCUUCCCGCGCACCGCCUCCCUCGACAACCAAGUCCGCGCCUGGAUCGACACCGAGUUCGCCGCCCUCGACGCUUCGGACGCGAACAUCCAGAACCGCGCGCUGCCGCCCUACUUCUUCCGCCACAUCCUCGCGCCCGCGCCCAGCCGCGAGCUGUCCGCCGGCGACGAGAACCAGGCCCUCGGCGACAUCGACCUCGCGCCCAGCGCCACCCUGGUCCUCGUCCCCGUCAAGGGCUACACAGACGCGUAUGCGGGCUCCGGCACGAAUCUGCUCGCGGGCACGACCACGGGGCUCGUGAGCGGCGCGUUCGGGCUGCUGUCGUCCACGGUGAACUACGCGGGGGGCAUUCUGGGGUCGUUUCUGGGGACUGGGGCGGGCGCGGCGGCGUCGGGGCAGGGACAGGGCCAGGGGCAGGGGCAGGGACAGGGGCAGACGGUGGGAAGUGCGCGCGCGGCAGACAGCGAGGGCGAGGGGAUCCGGGUCCGGACGCUGGCGGAUCAGCGGGCGCGGGAGCCGCGCGGUCAGCAGUUUUACAACGGGAAUCAGGUAAGCGGGGGUGCGUGUUGAGGGGGUGCGUGUGCUGACUUGUGUGCAGUCGAAUGUGGAGCCGCGGCCUGACGACCGGGGGUGAAUGCCGUAUUGUAGUCGUGGGAGCUUGGUCUGUGAUAUAUUUCUCCUCGCUUGCGUAUCUGAACCCCAAGAGACCCUUCAGCAUCUUGCACAGCGCCGUCCGUACCCAGCCAUGCUGCUACGUGACCCCCAUUCCAUAAUCCCCCAUCCCACGAUCCCCCAUUUCGCUAUCCCGCAGCGCUUCCCCCUCUCCCCCUCCCCACACCCCCUUCCUAAACCCCCUUCCUAAACACCCUUCAUCAACUCCUCCAACUCCUCAUCCUCCUCCCACCCUCCCCCGCGCCGAUUCACCACAAUCCUCUCCUCCUCCUCCCUUUCCGCCAACCCCCCCAGCAUAUCCUUCAACUGCUCCUCGGUGACCUUCUGCCGGAUACGCC